AUGCAUUUGACAAGAGAACGUGAUCUAGAAAGGUUAACCCAAGCUUCUCAGACUAGUCAUUCUUUGUCUAUACCAGAAGUAUAUGAAGAAUGUAAAGAAAUUUUUGAAGAAGAUCAGGAGCUAAGCUCUGCCAAAUUACUUAAGGAUUAUUCUGAAAGGAAGGAGCUAGAUUACACUAAGGUUGCAAUACCUUCUUCACAAAAUAGGAAGCUCAUACCAACAUUUACUAAGUCAAAGAAAUCAUUGAUUAAAAGACAAGAAAAGUGUUUUGAGGAAACUACAGCAAUUUGUACCAAAGAGGAUCAACAUGUGGAUAAAAAUGUAUCUAGAACAGCAAAUACUGUCCAUAAUCCAGUUACAUCUGCAGAAUCAUCACUGACAAAAAUGGAGAAUGCUAGAGAUCAAAUAAUCCUUCAUUGUGAUGGAAUAAAUGAAAGACUAGAUAUAAAAAUACAAGAUAAAUAUGAGAUUAAAAAAAUAAACAAUAAUGAUGUUACAAUAGGAUUAUCAGAUUCUCAGCAAGAAGCAGGAAUUGAAGCAAAUUCACAAGCAAGCAGCUACAAAGAAGAAAUAUCACAAAAGCAAGUUUCUUUUUCUCCAUGUGUAUCAAGUAAUAACGAUGUGAAUGAUUCUGAAAAGAAAGCUCUCCCUAUAGAGCCACUUAAGUACCAACUGGCGAAGCAGGUGAAUGUAAGCAUGUUGCCAGAAGAUAAGAGUAUUGACCACAUUAAAAGUGGCCAAAAUGAAGAAGAGCGUCUGGAUAGUUCAGGCACAAAUGUGCAGCAAGAUAAAUCGAUGCAGAUUAUCUUGAAAGCAGAUGAAACACAUGACCCUAGCUGGAUGAAUAAUGGAAAUGGGAAAGAUUCACGUCAUUCCGAGUGCAUAGAUAGCCAAACACAAAAGGCAACCAAUGUGACUCAACUCCCAGUUAUUACAGAUAUAUUAAUUCCUACAUCAGGAAAAUUAAACAGUUCUCCAUGUACAACUAGUGUAAAUAAACAGAGAAAUGCCGAUGUCAAAGAAAUAGAGGGACUUCCAGAUAAAAGUGGAAAAACUGAAGAACAAAAUGACAACUGUACAUGUAGCAAUGAUGAAAUUACUGCACCUGGAGCCUCUAAAUCUGAACUGAGUAAAAAAGCUUUUGAUCAGCAGAACCUCGAAACAAAUCGCAAACCUGUAGAGAAAGGUAUUAGAAGCACAGACUCUUGUAGAAAAGAUUCAAUUCCUGCAGAGCAAAAUAGCAUCAAAACCCAAGGUAUUUCUGGGGAAGACUUUCCAUAUGUUCAGCCUGUUGAUCCCUGUUUAGAAAAGGAACUGGGUCAUUCUGAACCAAUUUGUGACCAGAUCAUUUUAAAAGACAGUCUGAUAUCCCCACAGUUUAAUGAGGAUGUUUUACCCGAAAGGAGAAAAAUUUAUUUGGAGGAUACUGUUUGCAUAAAAGAGAGCAUUUAUAACUUGACUGAACCAAAUGUUCCUACUCUGCUAAUCCAAAAAGAGAAUACAAUUUGUUCUGAACAUUUGAUGUUGAAUAUGCAGCAAUCGGAACUCAGAGAAAAUAAUUUGAUUAUAGACAAUAUUAUGAAUGCAUUGCCAAGCAGACGUGUUGUUGAGAAAACAGUGAAGGUUUCCGAGGCAGAACCAAAACCAAGGACAAAUGUCUUCUUUUCUAGCAAUAUCUGUAUAGCAGAUGAAGAAUCAGCUCAGCAUGAAGGAAAUGGGAGCAAACUUGACCAGGUGGAAAGCAACCUUCAUUCUGAAGAAAUUCUUCCACCACAGGUGUUAGGUGACCCCAAUAAAGAAGUUAAUGUGCACUCAAAAAUGCAAGGAUCUUUUGCUGAAUAUGGGCCAGAUUCCAGCAUCAGUGCACCAAAUGGUCUUGACAUGGUAGCUCAAGCAUAUUCUCCUUGCCCAGAUUCCUUUUCUCUGGAUCCGGAGUCUUUGCCUAACACUCCAUUGGAGGGCGUCCUGGAAAGCCAUGGCGUUGAAUUUCAAUCACAGAAAACAUGCGUUCUGAAUGAUUUACAGACAUGUUUCAAGGACAAAAUUAAUCAGUAUACCACAAGGAAACAAGGAGAAAAUAAAAUCUCACCCCCUGAUUCUAGUGAAAGAUAUGCAAAUAAUGUCAGAGAUGAAAUGAAGAUGAUUUGUGAUUCAUCCAAACAGGAGGAUGCAACAGAGGUUGUUUAUGGAUUAAUUAAAGAACUGUCUAAUCUCAACCGAUUGAUCAUGAGUACACACAGAGAUCUGGAUUCCUUCAAGAGACUGAAGUGUCGGAGAAACAAACAACACGGGAGGCUCCUAUCUCACGGCAUGAAAAAGAAGAGAGAAUUAUAA